UCUAUCCGUUUAUGGGAUGUUAAUACAGGAAAAUAAAAAACAAAAAUAGAUAGUGGUUUUAAAGUCAACACAGUCUGUUUCUCUUCAGAUGGUACUACAUUAGCAUCUGGUUGUGAAUAUUACUCCAUCUGUUUGUGGGAUGUUAAAACCAAAAAUUAAAAAGCUAAAUUAGGCGAUCUAAAUAAUAAUUUUAGAUCAAUCUGUUUCUCUCCUUAUGGUAUGUUAUUAGCAUAUGGUAGUGCAGAUAAGUAUAUUAGUUUGGAGGAUGUUAAAACAAGAUAAUAAAAGGCCAAAUUAGUCGGUCAUACUAGUUAUGUCUAAUCACUAUGUUUUUCUCUUGAUAGUUCGACGUUAGCAUCUGGUGGUGGAGAUAAAUCUAUACUGUUAUGGAAUGUUUAGACUGGAAAAUUAAAAGCCAAAUUUGAUGGUCAUUCAGGAACAAUUUAUUCAGUCAACUUCUCUCCCGAUGGUACAACAAUAGCAUCUGGUAGCGAAGAUAAGUCUAUCCGUUUAUGGGAUAUUAGGACAGGAUAAUAAAAAGCCAAAUUAGAUGGUCAUUCAUCAUAAGUUAAUUCAAUUUGUUACUCUCCUGAUGGUACCACAUUAGCAUCUGGUAGUGAUGAUAACUCUAUCCGUUUAUGGGAUGUUAAGAAAGGAUAAUAAAAAGCCAAAUUAGAUGGUCAUUGUUCAAAAGUCUUUUCAGUCAAAUUCUCUCCUGAUGGUACUAAAUUAGCAUCUUGUGGAGAUAGUUUGAUUCGUUUAUGGGAUGUAAAAUCUGUAUUGACAAAUAACUUACUUUAAGAAAAUGCUACCACUGGAAUUACGACUCUACUAAUUUCUUAAAAUCCAAAUUUCGAUACUUAAGGAGCAUUAAUCUUAAAAGGAGAAUUUGUAAACCAUUAUGGUGUAGAUCUAAAGUCAUUAAUAAAAUCUAAAGGAGGUUGCAUUUUAGAAAGCUAAAUUGAAUUACAAUAAAAUUGA